AUGGCGCCCAAUCCCUCCACACCCGCAGCUGCCGAAACCCCCCAGGCUUCUACUUUGGAUGGCAUCGGAGAUGAACUCCGCACCAUAGCAGCCUCCAUGGCCACGAAAGCUGACCUCCUAGUACUCACAACAACCAUACAAGACGCCCUCCGGGCCGAAAUGGCUGGAAUCCGGUCGGAGGUUACUGCGCAGGGGCUCCGAGUACAGGAACUGGAACGCUCCCACGAGACCCACAGCACCAGGUUAGCAUCCACUGACACGGCACUAGCCAG